AAUGACUUGCUGCAAGAGUUUAAGGAAAAUUCUGCAGUAUGUUUAAAGUGGCAGCAAAGUUUGUCCACAUCACCAAUGGUGGAGUGAGGGUGGCCAGGGGUGCCCUUGGAACCUACGCAAGAUAUGCCUACUACUCCCUAACAGACAAGAAAGGGAGACAACCCAGUGAAGGCUCCCUGAAGACCAUCAAACCUUACGAACCAAAAUACAAUUUAGAAUACAACACUCCAGAAGACUACCUCUUGUCACAGUGGACUUCAAAUCCAUGGCCGUAUUUCUACUAUCGGAUAUUGGUGGCAUGUUAUUUUGUAUUUAUGGUGCUGUACACAGCAAUUGUUGGAACUCUGAAGGCCAAAAUGUUGAUCAUGCUGACCUACUGGUCUUUCUACCUCCUAACAGCUUGCCAAAUCAUCAGAGCAGCUAAUGUGUGGCAUUAUAUACAACUCAGGAACGUCAACCAAGAUAUUCAUCAGAAGUUGAAGAGUAGUGGGCGGAUCAAAGUUCAGUGGGUGUUAUACAACCUCAGUACAGGAAGUGCCCCCAUAGUCACCUUCCUGUUUUGGACUAUAGCUUAUGAUGGUUCAGGUGUAAACUUCAUUAACUGUUCCACACAUGGGGCAAAUGCUGUAGCAGUGUUUCUAGAUCUUUGGAUUACUCGGAUGCCAAUGCGGAUGAUGCACAUGAUCCACAGUGUUAUCUUUGGAUUGAUUUACAGUGCCUUUUCUGUUAUGUACUGGUACCUAGGGGGGACCAACCAGUAUGGAGAACCUUUUAUUUACAAAGUGCUCAAUUAUGGGGAAUCCCCUCUAAAAGCAUUGUAUUACAUUGUAGCUAUUAGCUUCAUUGUUGCACCCAUGAUUCACAGCAUGUUCUUCCUAUUGUAUAGGUUAAGAGUUUUUCUCCAUCGGUUUUUGACAGCGAUGGAUAAAAGACAUAAAGUCGAGAAAGAUUGAAAAUGUUUUGAUGUUACUUUAUAAUAUAAACUGAGCUUUCAUGUUUUUUUGUGCCAAUUUUUCAUACCAGUAAAUAGCUUCAGAACAUGAGUGUAUAUUUACUAUUUAUAUCAUUCAUGUUUCUGAGAUGGAAGCAUUGGGGGUCUAGUCUAGAUUUUACAUGUUAAAAUAUUCUUUCAUUGUUCAGGGUAACAAGAAACAGAUUCUUUUUUAUUAUUCUAGCAUUCCAAACAUUUAUAUGUGCCAGUAUUUUAUAAAUAGUAAGAAGGAAGUUAGUCCAUGUAACAGGUGUUUUUCUAUGCAUAAUAUUUAAUUAUUUCCAUGACGUAUACUGAAUUUAUUAUAUUUCUUUGUAAUCUCUAAUAGGGAACAUAAUUGGUAACAUUAAGGACCCUCUAUACACUGAUGAAAAAUGUUUUUUAGACUUUGAGAAAAUUAUACAGCGUAAAUGAGGAUAUUUUGAAAUUAACUAAUUCAUUUUCAAUAUAGCCUAUAUUAUAGGGAGCGUGGCUUUUUUAUCCAGGAAAAAUCUUUAAAGACAAUGAAGUAAUAAUAAAGAAAAAUUGCUUUUGUUUACUCAAAUGGAGAAAAUACAUGCAAAUAAAGUUUUAAACUACUCUAUCUUGGUCUAAUAUAAUGUUUAGAAUACUUGGAUUUAUUAUAUUAAAUUAUGUCAUAAAGAACAUGUUACAAUUUAAUCUAUUUCAUGUCUAAUGAUGGGUCAGUCUAACUACACAAAAGUACCCUGGAAUAAGGGUGCAGUGUAGAGAGGGUCCUUAAGAUAUUUUUAUUUUGAAGGGAACAGUUUACCAUAUUCAUGAGUAUCAAAACUACCCAUUAACAAUAGAAUAUUCAAUACAUUUUAGAUAAGUUCUGUUUGCAGAAACUUAUAUGCUUUAAGGAAGUGAUUUUACUGAAAAUUUAUUGUGUAAAUAUUUUGAAGCGUUUACUUUUUCUUUUCUGGAUCAAAUCAUGUUUAUGUAGUAUUACAUGAAACAUUCAGACUCAGGAAUAUGUACGUAAUUUUUUGAAUUACAGUUAAAGUAAACUUAUAAUUCUUGAUUUGAGUCAUAUUUACACUUUGGAAAUAUAAUUAACAGUUUACAUUGUGAAUAAUGAAGUAUAUUUGUACUUGUGGCAUUUACUUGAAUAAUGUAUGAUGUGAUAUCAGUCUUUUUAAAGAAACAGGAAAAUUAUGCAUUGACAGUUUUAAGUUAACAGAGUGUGUUCCACUACAUGAUGAAACACUGUUAUUAAAUAUAAAGAAAGGGAUUGUUAUAUAUCAGUUAUUUUGAAACAAAUAAAUGUAAAAGAGGACAUUGUCUUUCAAGUUCCAUAACACUCUAGCAAGUGAAAAGUCAGAUGUGUUUUAGUUCAUUUCUUUUGACAUUUUGAGUCAGUUUUGCUUCUUUAACGCCAUAAUAAUAAUAAGUAGGGUUGUUAGUCAAGCAAUGAUGGUGUAUUGUUUUUGUUUGUGUUUUUUGUUUUUUCUUGAAGAGGAACAAUCUCAGUAAAUCCGUUAGUGUUAUAUUGAGUAGGACUUCUUGUAUUAUGAUUUCUCUUUCGGGUGACAGUGCCCCCUCCCUCCUAGUCACAAGAUCUUAUUUCAAACAAUUUUGAUAUUAUUUGAACAUGAAUUGCCUUAUCUGAAUUUAUUUUUAUUUAUUUUUUUAUUAAUUUUUUGGGUACAAAGGCAUUUCAAUUUCAGGAUAAUUUUUUGUAUUUUUUGCUGAAUUUUAUCUUAAUGUUAUAAGAAUAUUUAAUAAUCUUCAUGCUGAGGUAACAGUAUCACCUGCAAGUGCUUGUGGUUUUCUUAUCUAUGUUUAUAUACCUAUUUUGAAAUGAUCGUUUUACUUUGAUAUUCUACUGGGUGGUGAUUAAAUUAAGUUUUUUUCAAUACUGCACAGAAGGUGGUUAUUGCAAAUGAAAUUCAUACAACUUUGUGACCAUUUGUUCUUGAUAUGAUAUUUAUAAACAAUAUAAAUCCAUGAAUUGAAGGCAAUUAAAUUAAGCAAGAAGUGUGCAAAACUCUUAGUUACAUUUUCAGCCCUCUCAAACUUAACAUGAAUUUGCUGGAAAUUUGAACAAAUGUGUUAUUCAAUAAUAAUAAAGAAAUGCACUACUUGGAAA